AUGACAUUAGGUAUUACAGCUUCGAUUGAUUUUGAGAUUAAAAGGAAAUCCCUUUUUAAUCAUGAAAAGCUUCAAAUUGGAUACCUAAGUCUGAAGUCAGAACUACAGGGAUCAACAUACCAGAUACGAUUUAAAUGUCAAGAUUCAACUGUCAAUACUUGUCCCUCUUUGGAGCUGAUCCUUUACUAUGCAGAUUAAAUUAGUCUAAAGAUCUAUUAAGAAUGA